UAUUUCACAUCUGUACUAGACUGUCCGUCGAAAACAACAUGGCAUCGCUGAAGGACUGGGAUGUGCUCCGACUGUCCACCCUGAUCACGAAUGUGAACGCGAAGCUGUCGGCAAGUAUCAAAAACGACCAGGAGUAUCAGCUUCUGUGUCUGGUGCGGCAGAAUGAUCAGAUCCUGUUCCGUUAUAUUGACCGGCAUGGAGAGGUGCAUCUGAUGUUGCUCUGUUGGUUCGCUGAAAAUCACAAGACCAUACGGGACGUGUGCUUUGACAGUACCGGAUGUUGGUUGUUGGUGUUUUGUUACGACAACACUCUGCACAUCCUUCCGGCACUGUCGAUUUGCGACAAGUCUCUCGAGGAUGUGGAUGGGACGUUCAACCGGGACGAGAUCACGUCUUUCAUUGUGCCAUUCAUCGGCCCCCACGAAUGUCCCAAUCCGCAGACCUGUCCAAACAAUUCGCACAACAGCCAGCAACACCAGCCGUCGUCAUCGCACCGAUCCUCGAUUGCCUCCGAGGGCAGUCUCAAGGGAAAUGGGGCGCCGGUGGCCGCAGCGGGCAUGGCAAGCGAAAGCCCAUCGUCUUCCGAGCCGAAUCUGAUCUUUGACGCACCAACAAUAAAAAAAUCCAGCUCAACCUACACGACGCACAAGAUCGAUGAAAUAUUCGCGUUGAACAGCAUCUACCGGAAGCUGUUUCUCGAGCAGCAGGAGAAGGCGCGCGAGGAGGAGAAUGCAAAUAGAAGCAUAUCGGCCACCGGGACCGACACGCCGAUUGCGAUGAAAACGAUUGAAGAUUUUUUCGCCGAAGGCGCACAGUUGAAGGAGGCCGUCGCCGGUUUAGCGGACGGUGGGUCCAAAUCAUCGACGCCACAGGAGACCUAUACCAUCAGUUCUAGCUUGGAGUCGACGGUAUCCGCGUCCUGUCCGUAUCCUACCUGCUGCAGCUGGUGGCGUACGUUGGCCAGUGAACCUCGUGCCAUUCUUGGCUAUUCGGAUGGGUCGAUUUGUGUUGUUGCACUAACACCCAACUGUCCGUUUCUCGGCAAUACCAACUGUGAGCGAGGUUCGAUCGAAAAGUUGAUCAUUUGCCAGGACAACAGCAUGGAAACGAUCAGCCUGAUGAUCAACACGUCCACCAAAGAGCAGUGGAAGCUGCUGCUGGAGCAGAAAUCGAUCAAGUAUACCUUCCCCGGUGACAUUACGCCCACUGCCGGGCAGGAUCUCAAGUCUGAACUGUUGAAAUCACUCUCGGACGGUGGCGAUAGCAGCAGCUCGGUGCCGAUAGAGGACUGGCAGAUAGUGCUUUCGUUGCCAAAGGACGGAGAACCGAGUGCCGGAUCACAGCCGCGACUGACGCCCACGGCGAACGAAGGAGACAGCAGCGGUUCCAGCCCGAACAGCUCCGAACCUCCGUCAGGGGAUGACUUUGAGAAGGUGGAAACGCCCGAAUCUGCCGCUGAUUCGGGCGCCGGCGGUCAGCAACAGGGCGCCCUACCAAAGUUGUUCCCCGCGGCCAAAGCGCGCCUGCUGUCGUUGCGUGAUUUGGGAGCGAAAAAGAUCGGCACACUGAAGCUGAAGCUGUCGGAAAGUCGUAUCCGUGCGAAGGAACGGGAAAAAUACAAGGAGCACGCGGCCAACCUGGCGGUGAUGGAACUGCCCGGCAUGUACCCGGAAAUACUAACCACCCCGGCUGGGCCGUACUUUGUCGUACAGUUUCUUGAGGGGAAGUAUUUGCUGAGCGCACUGCACUCCUACUCGGACACGCUGUCGGUCCACAGUAUGGAUAUUAGCUUGAUUCCGCUGCAUAUCUACAAGCUGCCAAAGCAUUGCCACUCGACCGUGCUGACGAGGAACGUCCUUUACGUGCUGCACAGUUGCCAACCAGCGGAGGAUCCAGCGAAACCGGCCGAGGGGGAGGAAGAGGAGGAGGAGAAGGCCAAUGGGGGGAACUCGUUGGAUGAGAGCAGUAACAGUAGCAGUAGCAGCACCACCGAUGCCGGUGCUCCGAAUGCCGUGAGCGUCGUAAGCUGCAAGAUCGCCUCGAUGAAGAUGGGUGACGAUUGCGAUUUCAACGAACACUCGUUGCUUGGUGUAUUCCAUUUCCCGGACGAACGGGUCUUGGACAUCCACCGGGUGGCCACGAUCGGUGAGCACGCGAUGGGCGAUGGCGGGAAGCACGCCGCCGAAAGCGGCGAAGGAGAAAAACCAUCCGACGCUGCGGGUGACAAUCGAUCGAUCUUUCAAAAGUCGGCCGUAUCGAACUAUCUGCGCAUCCAGAAGGGUCUCCGAAUGGAGCGCAAACUGGACACAUCCGAGGCGCAGGUGAUGGUGGAUGAGUUUCCCACGAUCGAGUUCGAUCGGGCCGUGAUCGUGACGGAUCGUAAUCUGUACGCGGUCGAGCUGGCCGAUAGUGGUCGGAAUCUGUUCCUCGGCUUAGCGCACAAGUGUAUCUGGGCGGCGUGUGAGGACUUUUGCGCCACGUUUGGCCUUCCGCUGGCCACCUGCAUCGAGUACGCGGGGGAUGUGCUGUUGCGCCGGAAGCGUAUCUCGGAGGCGCUGAUGACGUACAACGUGGCCCGGCUGUCCCCGAUGAAGACGGCGCUCAAGUUGGCACUGGCGAACGAAAACAAGGCCUUGAUGAAGCUGUGCGCGAUGGCACUCCGUAAUUCGCACAUCAUUAACAGUCAGUUCCUGAUGCAUGAUAUUAUGCGACUUCUUGUCGAUGAGGCUCACCUUGGGAAUGUGGUUUACGAUUCGCUGAUAAACUUAAACUCUCGCACAACGCUUAAGCCGAUCAACACGGGAGCAGCGUGUAGCGAUUUUUCCUACGACAACGACGACGUCCUGCUGGACGUGCAGAUUUCACCAUCGGAUCAGUUCCACCUUUCGAACCUAAUGUUUCUGACGCUCUGCGAUCGCUGUACGAUCGACAAAAACUACAUCCCACUGUGGAACUACAUCGUGACGAACAGCAAGUACCACACGAGCUUGGCCUGCAUCAUGCUCUCGCACGGCAAACUCUACUCGACGGCCAUUCUGCUGGCGAUGACGCGCGGCACCUGUCUGGACGUGUUCAGCUGUCUCGUUGGCACAUGGGAGCAAACGACGGCCGACACGACACAACCGCAACCGACGGCGGCGGAAACGAACGCGUUCGUGUAUAACCUCUCCAACGAACUGUUCAUGGAGUGCCUGAUCUACCUGCAGGACUACACGAUGAACUACUUCGAGCUGAUCCGCCGCUGUCUGCCCGUGUUCGAUAAUAACGUGCUCGAGCGGCUCAUUCGUCAGCUGAACCCGUUCCAUCCGGUCUACCGGCCGCUGAUGCAUCGGCUCACGAACCACGAGAGCAGCGCGAAGGAACCGUCCGGCCGGCAUCUGCUGUUCUUCUGCAAGGCGCUGAUCGAAACGUUUCUCGCGGUGGCGAUCCGUGCGCAGCAGUUGAAGAUACACUGCGAGAGUGCCGGGUUUUUGAAUGCACUAAAGCAUGUCCGGGUGCAUCACGAGGAGCGGGCGAUCGAGAUGCGCCUGGAACGGUUCACACCGAUCGCGACCGGGUUCUUCCACGCGGCCGCCGUCGUAAAUCGCGUGGCGUUUAUUUGGGGCUCGAAUGGAGUCAAUUGCGCCCUCAGCAGGACCGCUCUGCAGGGGGAUGCGAUCGGGCCGAAUGGGCUACCACCGGCGGCCAGCUUUUUGCGUCAGAUCGAGCUGGAAGUGUUGGCCGUACAGUGCGGACGUUUGCACACGCUCUUCCUGACUAGCAAUGGGCUUUAUUCGAUGGGCGCAAACAACCUGGGGCAGCUGGGUAUCGGUGGCCACAUGCUCAACGCCCUGCAACCGAUGUUGGUGAAGACACUCGAUGGAAAAAGCAUCACACACUUUGCCGCCGGGCAGUAUCACAAUGCCGUCGUAGCGAACGGACUGCUGUACAGCUGGGGCUGGGGCGUGUUUGGACAGCUGGGCCACGGUACUGUUGAGGACUGCGCGACACCAAAGGUUCUGGAAUUUUUCCGCAAUAAGAUUAUUGCGCAAAUUGCACUGGGCCAUGCGCAUACGUUGGUUCUGUGCCGUGAGCAACACGAUUCCCGUAACACCUUGUAUGUGUUCGGAUCGAACCAUUACGGGCAGCUGGGUUUGGGGCAGGAGGAUCCCUUCGGCUGUACGGUGGACACUCGCAACGGGAAAUCGUUCCUAGUUUCCUUGAUACCUCGCAAAGUGCAGCUAGACGAAGAUAUAGCGCUCAUCAAUACGAAGCUGUUUGUAAAUCUCGUUCUCACAACUACUAACAAACUAUACACCUGGGGAUCGUCCCCACAAGCGUUGCGAUUGGCCACCCAGGCAAGAAAACGCGCCAAAUCUUCCAAUUCUGGUAAAAGUGGCAGCUAUUCAAAGUUCAGUUCCAUACUGCGCUCGAAUUCGUCCUCCGCUUCCACUGCUCCUUCGACGUCAUCGUCAUCCGGCACUGGCCAGGACAAAUCUGCCGAUUCUGAUAUGGAAGAAAACCCGGCGGAAGAUGAUGCUCCCACCGCGAGCGCAUCGACGGAGGGCGUAGAAAAUCAAACCGAAACGCCGGCAAAGGAAGAUGAUAAAACUGACGCGAAUGUGGUUGACGUUGAACUACCGAAAGAAGACACCGUCGAGGAGCAGGGACAAUCAGAAACCGGUGUAACAAUACCGGAGAUAAAGAUCACGGAUAAUAGUGUGGCAAACGAAAGUGUCACUCCUGUCGAAACGGAAGGGGAGGGUGAAAAAAGUAGCACCACGAACGCGCCCGAAGAUGCCAUGGAACAUCUGUUCCCGUCGGUUGUCGAUACGUCGCUUGUGGAGGAAAAAAUCGUCAAGAUAUCGAGUGGAUUGUAUCAUUUUGCGAUCGUGUCAGCGGACGGUAGCAUCUACACGUGGGGUAAGAACAUCGAGCGCCAGCUGGGUCGUGAGGGUGGCCGUAAUGAGGUCCUCAUUCCGACCCGCCUGGACAACGUCGAGGGUGUGCAGUAUGUUGAGUGUGGUGCCGAUUUUACCCUCAUCAUGACGACCGACCAUGUGGUGAAGGCGUGGGGUAACAACAACAUGGGCCAGUGUGCCAAAGAGAUCAAUCUCGAUCGGUCCGGCAUACCGGGCAAGCUGGUGCGGUUGCCCAUUUCGAACCGUGUCGUGCGCAUCCCGGACAGUUCGCAGUUUAUCGAGGCUCCGUACGAGGUACGACUCCCUGCCAACGAUGGCCAUGGGUACGGGGAGCCGCUGCGCUUCCUGAAGUCGAUGCCGAAAUUCCGGCGCACGUUUGUGAUAAAGAGUGCCCUGGAGAAGCUGAUUAGCAACAUUUCGACAAUAAGCUCAAGCCUGAACGAUGUCAGUAACGCGGAGAUGGAUGAUUUGGUCGGCGAGCUGCCGGAUUCGGUUGGCGAGGGCCGGGCGCUACUGUUAGUGCAGCAGAACAAUGUCGCAAGCACCCUUUCGUCGUUGCAGUCCGUGUCGUAUGCCACUUCGCCGACCUCACUGGCGCUGGACGACGAGGAAGAGGUGGAAGACGACGAGGAUGACGAUGGGGAAGAGUACGACGAGAUUGGAUUCGGUGGCCGCAAGGAGGGACAACAUGAGUCGAGCGGAGGGGCGCUGGGAGGAACCACGGAUCGUUCGGCCGACUCUUCGCGGUUGUUCAACGGACGCUACCUGAUGAGCAACGACUUUAUCCACUACUGUCUGUACAUCUUCCACGGAUUGUACAGUCAGGACGAUGUGCUGGAACUGACAAAACGGGGCAAUGAGUACCACAUCCGCAUGACGAUGCUCAACUACGAUUACGUCGAGUCGUUCCGGUUGAUACUGGAGCUACUGUCCUCGUCCCUUUCCUCGUCCGCGUCACCCUCAUCGAUCACGCGCCAGACGCAGAAUCUCGUGAAAAUCUUCGAGUACUUCACCAAAGACUCCAACAUCGUGCCGAUGGAGGUGGGCAACAUUAAGUACUUCAUCUACGAGCUGUUCAUGUUCUUCAUCCGCCACAACCUGAGCGUGGACGUGCUGGAGGAGUUCUUUCUGCGCAAUCUUGACUGCUAUCUGGUGCAGCUGGCUCUUGUACUUUAUUUCAACAACACAAACAACCUUGCCGCGGCGCGCUCAUCCGGAUCCACUGGGGUCAGCAUUGACACGGAGGUACUGGCGCUCGAGCGAAAGCUGCUCGAUAAGUUCAACAACAACAGCGGCAAUCCGCUGCUCGCCGGCGAACUGUUUGGUGCCGGCCGCUCGGGUGGACAGGUGGUACGCAAGCUGGAAAAUACCGACACGAUCAACCGAGCGCUUAGUACCGGGUUCAGUGUGACCGUCUGCCAGAAGCUGCUGGACUAUUUCGAUCGCUUCAAAUGACUAUUCGCGGCAGGCGUCGGUGGGGAAAUUCAGCUGGACAUCCCGGAACGGGCACGCUAGCUCCGUUGCAAACCCCAAUGCAUCAUCAUUUGGUAUGACUAUCGAUAUUAUAUUUAUUGUUGUAACGUUUCGAAUUUAUCGUCCGAUUUCAAACAUCAUCGGUUUUUGAUAAUAUUGUUAGUUUGAAGAGAAUGGUUUUUAAUGGAAAUUGCGCCGCGGAAACGUAUUCGCCAGAGCGGAGGAUGGCACAUCUGAAAGUGGCCCUCCUCUCGUGAAUGGAAAGACCUGGUACGCAUAAAUUUGCCAUUUUCUAUGAUUUAAUUGUGCCCUGGGCAAUCAUUUUAACAGUAAACGUUUGGUAGAAUAACGAAUAACAUUUUUUAUUGAACGACUUUUGAAAACAAAAACUUUACUUUAAUUUUUCGAACCCUAGACGAUCGGAAAGACCAACGGUACGCAAUUUUCGGUGCCAGAUUAUUGAAUAUAUUUAAGAAAAUACGCACAAGACUUAUCUCUAUCCUCUACAUAUGGUAUAAACAAACGAUAGAAAUUACUCGUGUUUGUCGAACUUUACUCGCAAAUGUCUACAUUUUGUCUAAACUGUGUGAGCGUUUCACUUGCAGCCUUCGCAGGUGUCUAUACAUAUAUAUAUUUUUUAAACCUCAUCCUUUACAAGUUGGAAAACUUUUUAAGGGCGAAUGAAAAUACCCUGUUUUUCAUGAGUUUUGCUUACACGAUUGCGCAGUGAUCAUCAUUCACAAACAUCACCUUUACAGUUCGAUCGUCUGGGGUAAUGGUUUAGUAAGUUAUUAAAAAAAAAACUGCAAAAAUUUCCCACCAACACUAUAAGAUGCUACAACUCCCUAGAACAUGAUUAUUGUUAUGUAUAGUUUUACUUGCGAAAGAUGUUGCGAAUGGCAAUAAUGUGUUACGGAGAAUAGAGAACAAUUUCAUACAACAAACAAACGAAUGAUGCCAUAACAAACAACCCCCAAGGAAUAUUAACCCCUUGCUGCCAUAUAGUUUUCGUUCCCCUUGUGGCACCAGUUUAGUGUUUUCAUUUGAUCUAAUUUAUCUUAAUAAAAAUAUGCAAAACGGUAGGCGAUCGAACUUGUAAAAGACAUCUACUGGCCACCUUCAUCAACAAAUUUGGAAUAAUAAAAACGCUUUAUCGUACAUAUUAAUAAUCCACAAAGAAUGCGCAUUAAAGCAAAAACGCAACGUAGCGUAAGUAGGGUUUAAAGAUAUAAAAUUCAACAUAAUGGUGCAAAAACAAAAAUGCAAAGUCGAUAGAAUUACCUUUCACGUUUUUUCGGCUGAUUAGAGUUUGGGAAAAGCAAGCAAAAGCAAUGUAUGCAUGUUUCGAAUUGCGCAUAUCAAGUUAUUGAUCGGCUAGCGAUUGUUCACGCGCUUUGCUACAGUACGACACAUUGAAUUGGGAGGUACUUCGAUUCAUAAUGAGUGGUAAAGUGAUAAGAAAGAUUGGUAGAGAUGGCACUGCUUGUUGAUAGUGAAAUUAAAUAUAAUAGAAAUGAGUAUCAAAUGACUUACCAUUUAUUCGACGAUGGAUAUAUAUUUAUGGAUAUAGUGAACUCGACUGCGACUCAACCUCGAUUGGCAAUAAAACCCAGGCGGAUAGAGUAGACAAAAGAGAAUGUGAGAUGGAAUACUGGAGUGAUUAAAUGCACAUUUGGGGAAAACUAAAAUUUAGAAGAGGCAAUAACAAAGAAACGAGAAUAGUUUUACUUCAUUUCAUAGCUAGAAGACGAUAUUAUGACGUCGUCGGUAAGAACAUAUUUAAACAUGAUAUACUUUAUUUAAUUAUUCUAUCCUUGAGUAUUUAUGUAGAUCAAAAGUAGAUUGGUUCAAUCGCGGAAAAGCAGCUGCACAGCAUCCGCCGUAAAAGCGAUGGUUUGUGUGUUUAUUUCAUACAUAUUCUAGUCUGUUCAGUCCAACCGAUUGGACGCCUUUUUAAAUAGUGUUUUGAUAAGCAUCAUUAUGUAACUCUUUUCUAAAAGUUUUACGAUCGUUACAAUACAUACAAUACAUACGAAUAUUUCGUUUGCAACGUACAUAGAAGAACAACAAACCUACCCACACAAUAAAUGACUGCAGUAAUAUGCUCAAACAAUGUACGAAUUCACAAUCAGUUUCUAUACGAACUUUGUUAUUUAUUUAUUUUUUUAAUACUGCGCAUAUAGGUUAUAUGAAACAGCAAGAUGCAAAACAUCGAACAAAAGGUACUACUUACAAUAAUCUUCAGCAGAGAAUUAAACAACUAAACAUCCUAUCGUAGGAAACAAUGCACUUUAGAUUGCAAUGCAAACCGUUACACCCACUGUGCAUCCCAAACGUAAAUGAUAGCAAUAGCUCGAUGUGAAAAUCGUGUGCUUGCGAGUGUUGCGUGUGUGUGCGUGUGUGCGUUCGUUCGUUUCCGGUGAUAACGGUGCGAUUAGAGGCAGCAUAAUGAGAAAACAUAUAACAAUAAUGUUGAUAUGAUAUGAUUAUUAUUGAUACAAGUUUGCAGAUGAUGGUAAAAAAGGGAAAGGGAUCAAACGAACCAAUUUACAUGGAUGUGAGAUGCGAGACAUCGUUAAUGCAAUAAUAGUGAGAGACAAAAAGAGCAGAAGACAAAUGGAGAACUUUGCCGUAGGAAAGUGCACUGUUAGCUUUGAAAUGCGUUGGGCUAUCGCUUGGCGCACGUGACGAGAGCUUGCCUAAUGACAACGGAGGUGAUUCAUUGAAUAAAUAAUUUGUUUGCA